AAUAUGGUUUAAAAAUUUAAGUUCCUUAUGGUAGGUUUAACCAAUGCUUCAUUGAGUCAUCUUUUCUCACUUCUUUCUAUCUUUCUCUUUCAUUCUUUAUUUCUUUCCUCCACUCCCUAAAACUUGUUCUAUUGUAAGUUAAUUUUUCUUCUUUCUUUUUCUGCCAUUUUUGAAAAAUCUUUUUAUGACCUUUCUUCAUUUCUUGUUCAGCUUUCAUUUGACUUGCUUCUGGUUGGGUUUUCUUUAUUCUGAUUUCCUUUUGUGCACCUAAAAAAUCAUACCUUGAUUGCAUGAACUAAGCUGAUUUCAGCAGGAUUAGAGAUUGAGUUAUAUGCUUGAAGGAUUAGGAAUAAGAUGGGUUGUUUCACGGUCUUAAAAGGUAAAAAGAAGAAGAUUGAUCAAAAUGUACAUAGAAAACGCGUACUUCCUCAGGGAAGUACACCAACAACCCUUCCUGAACCACAAAGCCGUAGUCAUGCACUUCAAUCAGCGCCUCCUAGUUUUCGCACCAGGGGGCAGCCUGUUCAACCCGUAAAUAAAUCGACAAAUAAUAGGAUGCGUGCUCUUUCCGCACCAUCAAGCUUUCAUGGUCCUGAUCGAGAGUCGUUAUCAAAUGAAUGUGAAGACAGAGAAGAGUCGAGAUCCCAUCUACUUUUACAGCAGGAACAAAGAUCAUCACCUAGUCCGCAACCUCUACCACUUCCUUCUCCUUAUUGCUCGGGAUCUCUUAGAGCUACUGGGAGCUUCAAAAUGGGAAAUUCCAGUGGACCUCUAUACACGUCUGGUCCGCUUCCAUUACCGCCAUCAGGAACACUCCGAAACUUCUCCUACGAAGAAAUUUCAUCUGCCUGUCACAGUAUCUCUUCAGAAACUUGUACAUCCGAAAGUCUUUCUUCUACUAACUUUAGGGCUUCCUUUCGGGAUAAUUCUUCUAGUUCUCGAAUGGUUGAAGCCACCGUCACCCGUUUUUACCCAUCAGCUCAGGGUCUGAGGGACUUCAUGAACGAGGUGAACACACUUGCUUCUCUUCAACAUUCCAACCUGUGUAAGUUUCUUGGUUACCAUGUACGGGAAGGCUCUGAUCAGAGGAUCUUGGUGUACGAAAGACUACACCAUGGAAGCUUAGAUCGCCUCCUGUAUGGUAGAUCAAAUGGGCCGGCCAUUGAUUGGAAUACGAGAGUAAAAAUCGCUUUAUGUGCUGCUCAAGGACUUACCUUUUUGCAUGAGCAAGGUCCUUUCCAGGCAAUGUACGAUGAAUUUUCUACAGUAAAUAUUCAAAUUGACAAGGAUUUUAGUGCAAAGCUGUCUGGAUAUGGUUGUGUUGGCCUCCUUCCUGAAACCGAUCUCUCCAAUUCCUCUUCCGCACUAGGAAAUCUUUCCGUUGAGACGGUAGAGCGAGGAUUACUUACUCCGAAAAGCAAUGUCUACAGCUUUGGGAUCGUUCUCCUCGAAAUUCUCACAGGCCGAAAGAACAUGGAUAGUCGCCAAACAAAGGAGGAGAGGAAUUUGGUCAAAUGGAGCUGGCCAUUUCUAGCUGAUGAAUGUAGACUCUCCCUAAUAAUGGACCCUCAGCUAAAAGGCCGGUUUCCGAUAAAAGCAGCAAGAACAGUUGCUGAUAUAGCCCAAAAAUGUCUUCAGAAAGACCCUUCCGAAAGACCUACUAUGAGAACCAUAGUCGAGAACCUCAAAACCAUACAAGAUAUGAAACAUUCCUGCCGGUUUCCUCUUCAAGAACCCAGUACUGUCCCUAAAAAGCAGAUGUUCCGAUCACCUAGUCUACCCCCUCGACAAAGUUAUUCUCACCCCUCACCAUCCAGGGCCCACACCUCUUCCGUCUCUCCAACAAGACCGCUGACUUUGCCUGUGUCGGUUCCUCCUCGCGCCUGUUCUUCACUCUCGUUGGAUGAAAUCGAACGACAAGAGGCCCGUAAAUCUUCUUCAUCCGUUUAUCAAAGAUCAAGUGUUGAAGGGUUCUGAUUGUUAAUAUGCAAUUUUUUUCGGGUUUACUUCACACCGACUGUUCCUGUUUUUUAUCGGAACUAUACAUGAUUUGUUAUACAGUAUAAAUAUGGUUUUGUCUUCAUUUUCCCUCUUUGUUGGCAGUCUUUCUCAUGGAUAGCCUAAGAGGAAAAUGGUUUUUGUAGAUAUGUGAGUGUAAGUCAUUCUAAACACAUGCUGCAUUUAUGAGAAUUGUGGUUUUUUAUGGUUACAAAUUACAAUACUUGGCCUAAGAAGUCAAUAAAGCAAUUGUAUAUUUUUUAAGUUUCACAAAA